GUUUCCUGGAACGUAUAACUGUAACAUGACAAUAUCCUAUAUAAGAGCCAAACACAGCUGCCUGUGAACUUGUAUCAGCUCAGCACUACACACUAAAGUAAUGAUGAAGGUUCUGCUGCUGUCAUUGGUUCUCGCACUGCUGUUGGCUGAUGGAUUUGCUUUGAAAUGUUAUAAAUGUGUUCCUGGCACACCUGGUGGAAGUUGUGUGACCACGAAAGAGACUUGUGGUUAUAAAAAAGAUACCUGUGUAUCUGCCAGAUUCUUAACCUCUCCUUAUUCCCACUUCCGGAGGUGCAUUUCAAUGUCCGACUGCUUGAUACUUCAGUCCAGUCCUUUAAUAUCUGUAUCCAAAUGCUGUCAAAAAGACCUGUGCAAUUAAAUAUACAGGGCUCAACAUACAUUAUAUUUUAUAUAUGAAGAAACAACUUAAUUGGGAAGAUUAUUUAUAUAAGUAGUAAUAAUGAUUAAUUUCGGAUGUUUUUGGGGUAUUACAAGAAACGAAUCUACAGAGCCUGCAAAUAAUGAUGCGUUAGAUGAUUUUAUACUACAUUUAUGAUUUUUAUACAACUAAAUAAUAGGUGCAUGCUUGUUAGUAUAUACUUGUUAGUGAUUGUGUAACUUUGGGCACUUUUUAUUUAUUAAAUCAUUUAAAAUAAAUUUGCAUUCAUGGAAAGUGUUGUUUCACUUGUUUUCUACAUGCUAUU